GCUGUUGUUUGUGAGUACACAGGCGUUACAGAGCUCCAGCGACCGAAGCCACACCGCCACCACCAUGAGAGAGUUCAUGAGCAAAAACUUUUGGAGGGCCGUUCUGGCCGAACUGGUCGGAAUGACCCUCUUCAUUUACCUCAGCAUCUCGGCGGCCAUCGGCAACAAGAACAACAGCAGCCCGGACCAGGAGGUGAAGGUGUCGCUGACCUUCGGGUUGGCCAUCGCCACGCUGGCUCAGAGUUUGGGUCACAUCAGCGGAGCCCACCUGAACCCCGCGGUCACCUUCGGGAUGCUGGCCAGCUGCCAGAUCAGCUUGUUCAAGGCGGUCAUGUACGUCGUGGCCCAGAUGCUGGGCUCAGCUCUGGCCAGCGGCAUCGUGUAUGGGGCCCGUCCAAGCACCACUGACGCGCUGGGGCUCAACGCUCUCAACGGUGUCACUCCCAGUCAAGGCGUGGGCAUUGAGCUUCUGGCAACCUUCCAGCUGGUGCUGUGUGUCAUUGCAGUCACUGAUAAAAGAAGGCGUGAUGUCACCGGCUCAGCACCCUUGGCCAUUGGCCUCUCGGUCUGCCUGGGACACUUGGCAGCUAUCAGCUACACGGGCUGCGGCAUCAACCCCGCUCGCUCCUUCGGUCCGGCUUUGAUCCUGAGCGAUUUCACGAACCACUGGGUGUACUGGGUGGGGCCGAUGUGCGGUGGUCUGGCAGCGGCUCUCAUUUACGAUUUCCUGCUGUUCCCCAAAUAUGACGACUUCCCCGAGCGCAUGAAGGUCCUGGUCAGCGGCCCGGCGGGCAACUACGACGUCAACGGAGGCACCGACAACGCGACCGUGGAGAUGACGUCGAAAUAGUCCCGUGCACUUUCUCUCUGCACAUGUUUAUGCUCCUGUGGAAAAAAAAAACAAAGCUCUCAUAUUGGGUGUAGGAUCUCAGUGUUUUUGUGCUAUUUUGAAUUACUAUCGAGGAUUGUUGCAACGAGCCACUUAGUGUCUCUCUGAGGUAGAACUCCGUCAAACCCCAAACUCAGAAGUUGAGGAUGUCGGCAUGUUGACAGAGCGGUGGGUAGAAAUGUUUGUCCCAUAUCAGUAUUCUAAUGACGAGCCAGUUUCCUUUUGUACACCCUUUGCGUCUGUGUAACUUUUAUAUAUUUCUGAUGGAUAAUGUUUUGUGUGUGCACUCUUGAAUGGUCUCUCUGUUUUUUAAAUAAAUAAAACACUUGUUGUUAACAGCU